UUUCGUCAAACACAGUUUCGAGAUUGUUGCCAUGGCCUGUAUUAAUCUUGCGUCAAAAAUCGAAGAAGCACCAAGAAGAAUAAGAGAUGUGAUUAAUGUAUUCCACCACCUCCGCCAGUUAAGAGGAAAAAGCGACCAGCUACAUUUACCAAAGCCUGGGUGAUGUGGAGUGGUACAUAGAGAUGAAGCUGUCGUCAUGGCAACAGACUCCAAGCCCUCUGAUCCUUGAUCAGAACUACAUAAACACCAAAAAUCAAGUUAUCAAGGCAGAAAGGAGGGUGCUAAAGGAGUUGGGAUUUUGUGUUCAUGUCAAGCAUCCCCAUAAGAUCAUUGUGAUGUAUUUACAAGUCUUAGAGUGUGAGCGGAACCAAACCUUGGUUCAAACUGCCUGGAAUUACAUGAAUGACAGUCUUCGAACCAAUGUUUUUGUUCGCUUUCAACCAGAGACUAUAGCGUGUGCUUGUAUCUACCUUGCAGCUAGAGCACUUCAGAUUCCAUUGCCAACUCGGCCCCAUUGGUUUCUUCUUUUUGGUACCACAGAAGAGGAGAUCCAGGAAAUUUGCAUAGAGACACUUAGACUUUACACCAGGAAAAAGCCUAACUAUGAAUUGCUGGAAAAAGAAGUAGAAAAAAGAAAAGUAGCCUUGCAGGAAGCCAAGUUGAAAGCAAAGGGAUUGAAUCCUGAUGGAACUCCAGCCCUUUCAACUCUUGGUGGAUUUUCUCCAGCCUCUAAACCAUCAUCACCAAGAGAAGUAAAAGCUGAAGAGAAGUCACCAAUCUCCAUUAAUGUGAAGACAGUCAAAAAAGAACCUGAGGAUAGACAGCAGGCUUCAAAAAGCCCUUAUAAUGGUGUAAGAAAAGACAGCAAAAGAAGCAGAAACAGCAGAAGUGCUAGUAGAUCAAGGUCAAGAACCAGAUCACGCUCCAGAUCACAUACCCCAAGAAGACAUUAUAAUAAUAGGCGAAGUCGAUCUGGAACAUACAGCUCAAGAUCAAGAAGCAGGUCCCGCAGUCACAGUGAAAGCCCUCGAAGACAUCAUAAUCAUGGUUCUCCUCACCUUAAGGCCAAACAUACCAGAGAAGAUUUAAAAAGUUCAAAUAGACAUGGUCAUAAAAGGAAAAAAUCUCGGUCUAGAUCUCAGAGCAAGUCUCGGGAUCACUCAGAUGUUGCCAAGAAACACAGGCAUGAAAGGGGACAUCACAGAGACAGGCGUGAAAGAUCUCGCUCCUUUGAGAGAUCCCACAAAGGCAAGCACCACAGUGGCAGUCGCUCCGGACAUGGCAGGCAUAGGCGUUGACUUUCUUCCUCUGACACUGCAUUGCUUCCUGGUUUUGCCUCUGUGCAGUGUGAUGUAUGGACUCAAUCAAAACAUAAAGCAAACUGAUUAGGAAUUGAUUUAUUAAAAUUGUCUAGGUCUCUAGAAACACUGAGGACAUUUUCUUUGGAAAAGAACUAUGGUAAGGUUUUUUGCACAUUAAAAUGCCCUAGCAGUAUCUAAUUGAAAACCAUGGUCAGGUUCAAUUGUACUUUAUUAUAGUUGUGUAUUGUUUAUUGCUAUAAGAACUGGAGUGUGAAUUCUGUAAAAAUGUAUCUUAUUUUUAUACAGAUAAAACUUGCAGACACUGUUCUAUUUAAGUGGUUAUUUGUUUAAAUGAUGGUGAAUACUUUCUUAACACUGGUUUGUCUGCAUGUGUAAAGAUUUUUACAAGGAAAUAAAAUACAAAUCUUGUUUUUCUAAA